AUGCCGUAUCAUCGCCUAGGAGCCAGCUCAUUCUUGCGCAAAGCUGCAUUGCCACUUGUUCGGCAACGUGCAUAUGCAACUGGUGCUGCUGCUACUGAUCCGGUGCAGAUCACGACGCUGCCGAACCAAGUACGUGUGGCGACUGAAGCAACGCCGGGGCAUUUCAGUGCGGUGGGUGUCUAUAUCGAUGCAGGCUCGCGAUACGAGCGGCCGUGGGUGCCGGGAGAGAGUGGUGUAAGUCAUUUGCUAGACCGCAUGGCGUUCAAAAGCACAAAGGGCCGCACGGCCGAAGACAUGGAGCAGCUGAUUCAGGCAGUCGGUGGCAACGUGAUGUGCUCGUCGUCGCGAGAGACCAUUAUGUACCAGUCGUCGGUCUUCAACCAAGAUAUCCGGACAGUGCUGGACGUAUUCGCAGACACGAUCCAGAAUCCCGUCAUGGACGCAAAUGAACUUGGUGUGCAGCGCGAAGCUACGGCGUGGGAAGUGUCGGAGAUAUGGAGUAAGCCAGAGAUGAUACUGCCCGAAAUUGUGCAUGCAGUUGCAUACCAAAACAACACACUUGGCCAUCCAUUGCUAUGUCCGAUGGAGAACCUUGAUAUCGUGACCACGGACAAUCUGCGUGACUUUAUGCGGGCGUGGUAUCGACCGGAGCGGCUCGUCGUCGCAGGUGUAGGCAUGUCGCAUGCCGAUAUGGUCGCACAAGCGACAGAGCUAUUUGGUGGUAUGCGUGCUGCCCCGCAGGACCCAGUGCUUGACAUGCUUGGCAAGGAACGUGCACGUUACACAGGUGGCGAGCUGUUUAUGCCCGAUCCCUCGACAGAGUUCACGCAUGUUUACGUUGCGUACGAAGGCAUGUCGAUCCAUGAUGAUGACAUCUACACGCUAGCGACAAUGCAAAUGUUGAUCGGUGGUGGCGGCAGCUUUAGUGCAGGAGGCCCUGGUAAAGGCAUGUACAGUCGUCUGUAUACCAAUGUGCUGAAUCAGUUCCAUGCCGUGGAUCAUUGUGCAAGCUUCCACCAUUGCUAUGCAGACUCUGGUCUGUUUGGCAUUUCCGCGAGUGUGCAUCCGAGCUUUAGCUCAACGAUUCCGUACGUCAUAGCACGCGAGCUUGAGCUAUGUACAUCAGGCAACUACCGAGGCAGUGUGACGAAGGCAGAGCUGGCGCGUGCAAAGAACCAGCUUAAGAGCAGUCUCAUGAUGGCGCUAGAAAGCCGCCUAGUGGAAGUGGAGGAUCUUGGACGUCAAGUGCUUGUCCAUGGCAAGAAAGUGAGCGUGCAGGAGAUGUGUGCGGCCAUUGACCGUGUGGAUCUGGCUGCGCUUCAUCGCGUAGCGAGGCGUGUACUUAUGAAUGGCAAGCCUAGCACUGUGGUUGUGCAAGGCGAGCUGGAUGGCCUUGGCGACAUUCGCGCUCUACUGUCGUCGCGUGGCAUGUAG